GAUGCCUGCAGGGGAUGGGCUUCCCCAUUCCCAGCAGUGCUCAUUGAUUACUCUCAACACCUCAGCUGCAUAUUGAAUAGAUACGGCAAACAUGCCCCACUUGCGUACGGCAGCAGCACUGGUGCACGCGAUCGGGACUGCCAUCAUGGCUUACGGCUACCUCAACCUGAAGAACGUGCCGUUCAAUGCUGUUAUAGAGACGCAAAAAGGAGGACAUGGCCAAUUCCUGACGAUCAUUGGUUUGUUCAUGGCGAUUGGCACUAUGGUGCUCGGAUUCACGACAGAUCUGUUCCCCUCGUUCAGAGCGAUGCGGAAGCUCAAGAGGAUUGCGCUCAUGAUCGCGCUACCGGUGGCCGUCGUCGUGACUAGCAUCUAUUGGAGCCUCCUCCUUUUGCUUCCCGAGAUGAUCCUCCGGCCCAUGGUAGCAGGCGAAGCUCCUCAUCCUGACGCAAGCGUACCCUCGUCAUCUGAAAAGGCACUAAUCCAUAUUCCCCUCAACGUUGAUCUAGCUUUGCAUGCAUCCCCAGCGAUAUUCCUUCUAGUUGAUUUCUACCUCGUCGAACGCAAGUACACCCGCACACAAGCCGUCUUUGGAGGCACAGUGCUGUGCGCCAUAGCAGGCGCCGCGUAUGGCUCUUGGGUCGAAUACUGUGCGAAGUCCAACGAUUCAUUUCCGUACCCUUUCUUGACGGAGAAUCCGUUCGAUGUACGGGUGUACAUUUACGCUGGGGCGAGCACUUUUGCAUUGCUGACGUUUUGGAUGUUGAACGCGGUCCAUUCGUGAGCCGUCCAAGCGCUUUGUUCAUGGAGAUCUUCGGAAAGAAGUCGAACAUACUGCUAUUAAGGGUCGUCUAGAAACAAUAUUAGAUUCUUGAUGCUCGUAUACGUGCUGUCAGUGUGACAUUGGAUAUAAAACUACGGUUGUAUGUACUGUAGAUAUGUAUGCGGGUACCCGCACAGGCAUUCUCGCAGAACGAUC